AUGGCAAAUUUGAAACUCAAAUGUCAUAUUACAAAAAAAUGCGAGGUUCACACUGUCAACAAUCUUCCUCGUACACUAACGUUACACUGUGCAUCCGGAGAUGACGAUCUUGGAUUUCAUAAUCUUACUAUAAAUAACGAUUUUCACGGGAAAUUCUGUGAGAGCUAUCUUGGAGUCACUUUGUUCUUCUGUCAUCUUUUUGGGGUUCAAAUGAUGUUGCAUUUGACGUUUUCUCAUCAAGAAAGAAGGAAAGGUGUCAUCCAGGCGAAUGCUAUUAUGCAGCAAAACCUGAUGGUAUUUAUUUCUCUGGAUACUAUCCUCCCAGAGCUUUAG